UAAUGCAUUAAAGAGUACUAGCAAAUGAAAGUCCAUAUCACAGGUAAAUCUACGGACGACCUCGACUUUAAUCACAAGAUCCAGGUCGUAGAGUCCUGACAGAAACUGAUACUAAGACUAAUAUUUCAAGAAAAUUCACUAAAUUCGACUUUGAUUCCGUUCUAACAAUUAGAACAAGUAAGGGAAGUAAGAAGUUUAAGCCCCAACGCUUUGAAGUUAAACCUAUUGUAAAGUAUUUGUGCAAAGCUAGAAAACUGAAGUGGACUCAGAUUUGGAGACUUAUUAAAGAAUGGUUCUAGCCAAGAUGAAAGAAAAGAAUAUAUUACCAAAAUAACGUUCAUUAAGCAAUGCUACACCAUAAUAAAAGAGCCAAGAUCGUUAUGCUUCUUUGGAUUCAUAAAAUAGAAUCAACAAUAAGUAAACUCAGAAUGUACAUCCUAAGAUAUUGUGGGAUAUGUCAGAGGAAGAAUGGUAAUAAUUUGGGGAUCGCUUUCCCUAACACUUUGAAAAGAAGAAGCUACUUGGAAGAGGAGGAUUUUCAUUAGUAUGGUUAGGAGAACAUAAAAGAACCAAAGAAAAGUUUGCUAUUAAAUAAAUCCUCUCUACCAACACUCAUUAAUCUCACAUGAAAGAAAUUUGGUUUGGAAUACAUUUCUUUUAAGAUGGAUAGCCAAAAAAAUAAUUUACAAAUUUUCCAGGAUGUAAGAAUUUAGUACGUUUCCUCACCUAUGACAUCAAACCUUAAGACACUUGGAUAUUUUAAGAAAUUUGUGGAGAAAGUCUUGGUAAUCAACUAUAUGAUCUUAAAGGAAAGAAUGUUAAUAAUGAACGCAUGUAUAGGGUAGAUACACUUCAUUCUAUUUUAGUUAACUCAUAAACCACUUUAUAACACUUUUCGUAAAGAUUAAACUGAACUGAAAAAAUUAAUUCGAGAAUUAGCAUAGGCUCUUGAUCUUCUAUAGGAUUAAAGAAUAGUACAUUCUGAUCUUAAGACUGAAAACAUUUUAGUUAAGAAAAUAAAAAAUGAGAAUGAUUUACAUGAACUAACUUAAGUUAAAUUGAUUGAUUAUGGUAGUAGUUUUCCUUUUGAUGAUUUAAAAUAAUUUUCAAUGGCUACACCAGAGUAAUUCAUUCUUUUUUUAUAUUAGAUACAUGUGUCCAGAAAUAUUAAAUUAUAUCUUAUAUGAAAAUUAAAUGAAUUACCGUCCUUGUUUGAUGAAAUAUUUAAGAAAUUACAAGAAACCUUGGGUAAUUGAUGUUUGGUCUCUUGGUUGUGUUGUACUAGAGAUUAUAUCAGGAAUACCUCUUUGGAUGAGUCUUAAAACUAUAGUUACCAAAAAUGGAAAGGAAGUAAUAGAUUAUGGAUUAUUUGCUGUAAAGGGUAGAGUUUUUGAUAAAAUAAUUGAUCGUCAAAUGGAAGUUAUUUAAAAUUUAGAUAGUUAUAUAGAUAAAAAUUAUUCUGGUAAUAUAAUAAUGUAUUAUAAUUUAAUUAGGAUUAAAAAUUGAUAAUUAGAUUCGAUUUGUCUUAAAAGAAAUGUUAAACUUAGAUCCAGAGAAAAGAUUAUCCCCAAAGUAAAUAAUUGAAUACUUAUCCACCAAAAAAGAAUACCUUAUAACUCAAUGAUUUAUACUAUUAAUAAUUCAAAAACCCUCAUCUCUAUGAAUUAAAUUUGAAAAUAAUUUUAGAUGUCUUGAAUUUUUUUAAUUAAUAUAUAAUGAACUCAGUAUCCACAAACACUUCAUUAACAGAUAUUAGAGUUGUGAAAAUCUAUUUUAAAAUUCAUUACAAUACUGAAUAUGGAUAAGCAAUUUACUUAUGUGGUGACGAUGAAAGGUUAGGAUUUUGGGAUUCUACUAAAGCAAUAAGACUCUAAUGGAAUGAGGUAUAGUAUUGAAGUUCAAAAAGAAUAAUGAAUGGACUACCUGUCUAAGACUUCCAAGAAUUUGUAAAAAAUUUGAGUAUAAAUUCCUUGUGAAUGAUUAUCAUAAUCCAUCUAGUGAAAAAGAAAUUUGGGAACCAGGAGAAAAUCGUAUUAUUACUAAGCAUUUAUUAUUAAAUGGAAAGAAAGGGGAGUACUUUAAUUGUAAUAGUUCAUUAAAUUAUUGUAGAGGAGUAUUGGGGAUAUAGAACAAUCAAAUUAAAACUCAAUCACAAUUUAUAACUUGGAGAAAGGAUGAUGAUUAUAGGUUCAAUACCAGAAAUAGGUUCUUGGAAAACACCUGUGUUAAUGAAAUAAUAAUAGAAGAUUGAUAUAUGUAUUACUCAAUCCAUAAUUCUGAAAUAGUAACAUAAGAGCCUAUUUAACAAUGGUCCAUUUCAUUUAUUGUAAAUCCUCUUAAUUUCUAUUUCCGAUAUUAUUAUGUGAUACGUAACGAUGAAUCUGGGAAUAUGAUAUGGGAAAGAGGGAAUGGACGUUAUCUUAAAACUGCUGAUCUCUCUUCUCUUCGAUAGGUACUUGAUUAAUUUGCAUUACAUCCAAUUAAAGUUAAAACUCAAAUCUAUACAGCAUUUUAAACUAAAUCAUAACAUAAAAAUGGUUCAUUUUCAGCAACUAAGAUUCCAAAAUAAAAAAUUAAAACUAAUAGUUAAGGAUAUUAAUUUGCAGAUAAAGAACCUUCUUUCUUUUAUUAUGAAGAAUUUGGUAGGUUAAAUAAAUUGGAUUGGAAUUUUGUUGUUUAAUUUUAGACUUAUGAAAUAAAUGAAAAUAUAGUUAUUGGUCCUUAUCCUUAAAAUGAAUAAGAUAUUUUAUUAUUGAAAAAUAAAUAAGUGAAAGCAGUUCUAAAUUUAUAAACUCGUUUAGAUAUGUUUCAUAGAGGAGUUAAUUGGGAAUAGAUAGUUGAUGCUUAUAAGAGAUAGAAUAUAGUAAUGAAAAAUUAUUAAAUUUUUGAUAUGGAUGCAGCUGAUUUUGAAAAGAAAUCUAAUAAAGCUGUAUAAAUUUUGAAGAAAUUAAUUAAUGAAUAUGAAUAUGUUUAUGUUCAUUGUACUGCAGGAAUAGGAAGAGCCCCUUCAAUUGUUGUUUUAUACUUAAGUUCGAUACUUUAAUAUGAUCUUAAAGAAGCAAUAGAAUUUGUUAAAUAAAAACGAUAAUAAUUUUAUGUUAAUUAUUGUAAAUAUAAAUCAUAUUAUUAGCAAUGCUAAAAAAAUCUUUGUAGAAGACUCUUGUAUUUAAUCAUGGAUUGGGUUAUUAAAAUUUGGCUUAAACUUUGUGAA